GCGGGCCUUUGCUUCCCCUUGCGCGGUCGCCUGGGCCUCGCCAGCAGGUGUUGUGUGGGGGCGGAACUCAUAUCCGUCGCAGGGCGCCAGGUGCGACGAGCGCGGUGCCGUGACCAAAUAUUAGUUGUGCGUUUGUCGCUGGGCACGGACCUCGCCGUGCAUAUUUCUCUCCCUGUGGUGUCAUGGGGUGCCUGCAUCCCCCUGUUUCUCUGUGUCUGGGCGGGCAGGUGGAAAUGCGGCGGCUGCGUGCGUGUCUGUGGAAUAGUGGACCAAAAGAAUUGCGGAGUGUUGCUGCGGCAGGGCCGUGGCUGUGUUGCUCUGCCGCGUGUGCGUUGGCGUGCUGCACCCCCUUUUGCCGCCCCGCCGCCGUAUCCAACUGCUGCCCUUCUACCGCCAAUUUUUCUUGGGGAGGGAGUGGGAGGGAAGCAGCGCUCGAGGGUUGUGUGUACUGUUAAGAGGUGGAAUUGGACAGGUGUGGCGCAUGUAAUGCGACAGCGUGGCGGUGCGACUGCGACAGUAGUUGUACGAGCAGCGGCGGUGGUAGCCGGAGGCGCUGUAAGCCACAGAACGAUGUGGCGGUCAUUUACGCGUUGCCGGGCAUACACGCCUGUGGGCACGGUUCAAGACUUCACGACAUCGCCGCAUCACGUGCGGCUUGCUGAGGUGCAGCGGGAGCUGGAUGAGAUGAGCGGCCAUCGCGUGACGCACUUUUACGAGGGGCUGACCAUCACCAUGGCCCAUGGCCCUCGGCCCUCGUCCACUAUUUGA